AUGACCUCGCGCAAUCAUCGCGUUGCGUUUCCCGGUCGCCUUCCUCUCUCGCGCAUCGCCUAUCAUUCUCCUGUCGCCUUCGCGCUCUCUCUCCCGUCGCCUAACGCGCUCUCUCUCUCGUCGCCUCCGCGCUCUCUCUCCCGUCGCCUCCGCGCUCUCUCUCCCGUCGCCUUUGCGCUCUCUCUCCCGUCGCCUUCGCGCUCUCUCUCCCAUCUCCUUCGCGCUCUCUCUCCCAUCACCUUCGCGCAAUCUCCCCUCCCAUCCCGUCCACUUCAUCUCCUAUCGCUCACGUCCUCCCCUCCCAUCCCGUCGUUCGCUUCUUUUCCCCUCCCAUCCCGUCGUUCGCCUCCUCUCCCCUCCCAUCCCGUCGUUCGCCUCCUCUCCCCUCCCAUUCCGUCGUUCGCUUCCUUUCCCCUCCCAUCCCGUCAUUCGCCUCCUUUCCCCUCCCAUCCCGUCGUUCGCCUCCUCUCCCCUCCCAUCCCGUCGUUCGCCUCCUUUCCCCUCCCAUCCCGUCGUUCGCCUCCUCUCCCCUCCCAUCCCGUCGUUCGCUUCCUUUCCCCUCCCAUCCCGUCGUUUGCUUCCUUUCCCCUCCCAUCCUGUCGUUCGCUUCCUUUCCCCUCCCAUCCCGACACUCGCCUCCUCUCCCCUCCCAUCCCGUCGUUCGCCUCCUUUCCCCUCCCAUCCCGUCGUUCGCUUCCUUUCCCCUCCUAUCCUGUCGUUCGCCUCCUUUCCCCUCCCAUCCCGUCGUUUGCCUCCUCUCUCCUCCCAUCCCGUCGUUCGCCUCCUCUCCCCUCCCAUCCCGUCGUUCGCCUCCUCUCCCCUCCCAUCCCGUCGUUCGCCUCCUUUCCCUUCCCAUCCCGUCGUUCGCCUCCUUUCCCCUCCCAUCCCGUCGUUCGCCUCCUUUCCCCUCCCAUCCCGUCGUUCGCCUCCUCUCCCCUCCCAUCCCGUCGUUUGCCUGCCUCCUUUCCCCUCCCAUCCCGUCGUGCGCCUCCUCUCCCCUCCCAUCCCGUCGUUCGCUUCCUUUCCCCUCCCAUCCCGUCGUUCGCUUCCUUUCCCCUCCCAUCCCGUCGUUUGCCUCCUCUCCCCUCCCAUCCCGUCGUUCGCCUCCUUUCCCCUCCCAUCCCGUCGUUUGCUUCCUUUCCCCUCCCAUCCCGUCGUUUGCUUCCUUUCCCCUCCCAUCCCGUCGUUCGCCUCCUCUCCCCUCCCAUCACGUCGUUCGCUUCCUUUCCCCUCCCAUCCCGUCGUUCGCUUCCUUUCCCCUCCCAUCCCGUCGUUUGCUUCCUUUCCCCUCCCAUCCCGUCGUGCGCCUCCUCUCCCCUCCCAUCCCGUCGUUCGCUUCCUUUCCCCUCCCAUCCCGUCGUUCGCUUCCUUUCCCCUCCCAUCCCGUCGUUCGCUUCCUUUCCCCUCCCAUCCCGUCGUUCGCUUCCUUUCCCCUCCCAUCCCGUCGUUCGCUUCCUUUCCCCUCCCAUCCCGUCGUUCACCUCCUCUCCCCUCCCAUCCCGUCGUUCGCCUCCUCUCCCCUCCCAUCCCGUCAUUCGCUUCCUUCCCCUCCCAUCCCGUCGUUCGCUUCCUUUCCCCUCCCAUCCCGUCGUGCGCCUCCUCUCCCCUCCCAUCCCGUCGUUCGCUUCCUUUCCCCUCCCAUCCCGUCGUUCGCUUCCUUUCCCCUCCCAUCCCGUCGUUCGCUUCCGUUCCCCUCCCAUCCCGUCGUUCGCUUCCGUUCCCCUCCCAUCCCGUCGUUCACCUCCUCUCCCCUCCCAUCCCGUCGUUCGCUUCCUUUCCCCUCCCAUCCCGUCGUUCGCUUCCUUUCCCCUCCCAUCCCGUCGUUUGCUUCCUUUCCCCUCCCAUCCCGUCGUUCACCUCCUCUCCCCUCCCAUCCCGUCGUUCGCCUCCUCUCCCCUCCCAUCCCGUCGUUCGCUUCCUUCCCCUCCCAUCCCGUCGUUCGCUUCCUUUCCCCUCCCAUCCCGUCGUUUGCUUCCUUUCCCCUCCCAUCCCGUCGUUCGCCUCCUCUCCCCUCCCAUCCCGUCGUUCGCCUCCUCUCUCCCUCCCUUCCGUAGUUCUUCACGGUCUCCCCUCCCAUCCCGUUGUUCCCCUCUCUCUCUCCCUAUUUUUUUACCUCUCUCAACCUCAAGCCCAAGGAACCCUUUUUCUCGCAGCUCUUCCAUUCGUCGGCCAACAUUCACUCCCAGAUCGUGCAUAUGUGUGUGCGCUGAGUUGUGCCUGUGCUGUUGA